CCAUGGCUUCCCGGCAUCCUCAACCGCAUCCACUCAUCCAUCAUCACCGAAUCUCACCUCCUCCACCAAGCAAACCAAAGGAAGCGAAGCGAAGCAAGCAUGUGCCCGGGCCUCCGCAACGCCAUGGCCUCGCCCUCCGCCCGCGCCGCGCACGACCACCCCUCCUCCUACCUGCUCGAGCUCGCCGCCGCCGACGACCUGCCCGCCUUCCGCCGGGCCGUCCAGGAGGACAACCUCUCCCUCGUCGCCGCAUCCCCGUGGUACGGCCCUUCCCCCAAGCCCGCCGGCGCCAGCAGCAACAGGAGAACCACCCAGCAGCUGGCGCUCCACCUGCGCACGCCCGCCAUGGUCGCCGCGCUCUACGGUAGCACCACCGUCCUCUCCUACGUCCUCUCCAUCGCCCCCUCCGAGGCCGCCCGCGCCUCCGCCUCCGACGGCGCCACCCCGCUCCUCCUCGCCCAUGCUGGCCGCGCACCCUCCGCGCCCCACGCCGCCCGCCUCCUCCUCAGCGCCGGCGCCUCCUCCUCCUCCCUCCUCGCCCUCGACCACCACCAAAACAGACUCCCCUCCAGCCCCACAAAGAAAGACACGGACACCGCGGUCACCACCAGGAAGACGGCCAAGAAGGACUACUCCUCCUCCGCCGCACACGCCCAUUCGGACGCCGCCCAGACGGAGGACAUCAACGCGGGCGUGUUCGCCACCGACGACUUCCGCAUGUACAGCUUCAAGGUGAACCCGUGCUCCCGCGCCUACACGCACGACUGGACCGAGUGCCCCUUCGCCCACCCCGGCGAGAACGCGCGCCGCCGCGACCCGCGCCGCGUGCCCUACUCCUGCGUCCCCUGCCCCGACUUCCGCCGCGACCCGCAAGCAUGCCGCAAGGGCGACGCCUGCGAGUACGCGCACGGCGUCUUCGAGUCAUGGCUCCACCCGGCGCAGUACCGCACCAGGCUCUGCAAGGACGAGGUCGGAUGCCCACGCCGCAUCUGCUUCUUCGCCCACGGCCCCCGCCAGCUCCGCGCCGUCAACCCCUCCGCCGCAUCCAUGGCAUCGCCGUCGCCCUCCUCGACAACCUCGUCGCCGCCGCGCUCCUCCUCCAGGCCGGCGCUCACGGCGUCGCUCAGCUCGCGGGAGCUGGACUUCGACGCCGACAGCCAGUACGCGCGCAGGAUGAUGAUGGCCAGGGCCAGCUCACCGCCGGACAACUACUCGCCCGACCUCGUCGCCGCCUACGUGCAGGCGCUCUCCUCCCUGCAGCACCAGCAGCAGCACCAGCAACAGCAGCAGAGCAGCGCGCGCGGCAGCACCAAGCCGCCCAUGGGGAUGGGGGGGCUGAGCGCCCGCGCCGCCGCCUUCACCAACCGGAGCCAGACCUUCGUGCACCGCUCUCCGUCCCCGGCUCCGUCUCUGGCUCCGGCGCGGUCGUUCAAGUCCCCGGCGCCGUCGUCCAUGCUGGCGGACUGGGGGUCGCCGGACGGGAAGCUGGACUGGGGCGUGCAGGGCGCGGAGCUGCGCAAGUCCACGUCUUUCGGGGUCAGAAGCAGCAGCAGGACGCAUGAUGCGACGAGGCAGGAGGACAUGUACUCGUCGUGGAUGAACGACGGCGGCAGCGACAUGCUGGCGGCGCGGUGGUCGGACCUGGAGCAGAUGGUCGCCUAGUUAAUUAAUUCACAUUUUCGUUACAGUUUUUGUAGCUGAAGAAGAAAUUAAGAAAUACUACUCCACUCCACUCCACUCCAGUAUAUAAGGAGAAACAAAAAGAUGGAAGAUAUGUAAUCGUUCUUUGUUUUUUUCAAACAUGUUCUGCUCGAACAGUGAUAAAAAGAAAAUUUCACGCCCAA